UUCCUUCUUCUUGACACGCACGCGACGUGCCAGUGCAAUGUAUACGGGCCAAUUCUCCUGAUGCAGUAUAGAGCCGGUAACUACGUGCUUCUAUACGCAAGCGAGCAAUCUGAAGACUGUAACCGAGCAAUCUCGCCAACGUAACCGACCCUGUCUGCAGCCACCAUCGAGCGCCCCACCCUCGUAUAGACGUUGAAAAGUACUUGAUUCCGUCGGAUUCCGCCUUCUGGUAGACAAACAAACCGACACUGUUCUCUCGCCAUGUUCAAGUCCACUCUUGUCAGCGCCCUUUGCUACAUCUUCCUCCAUGCAACUCCUGCCUUUUCCGAGUACACCAACCUUCCAGAUGUCAAACCAGGCGUCUUCGAGGCGGGCACCCGCAUAGAAAUCCACAACACUAACUUCGAUGCCGUCUGGGACUUGCUCACCGAUUUCCCCAACUACGCCGCCUGGAAUCCGUUCGUCCGCUAUGCAGUCGUCACCUCACCACUCAACCUUACACUGCCUGAGCAACGGCCUGUCGAGGGCAAGAACCUCUAUUUCCGCGUUCAGAUCCCCUCGCUUCCACUGCCCGUAAACAAGGACACCCCCGACAACCCUCUGCAUACGCAAUCAUCACAGGAGCUCGUUACAGCCGUACAACGCGACCUGGGAAGGCUGGCCUGGUCGUACUGGCCGCCUUCGGUCCUGCUGAGUGCUGAAAGGUGGCAGGGUAUUACUGAUUAUGGUAAUGGAACCGUACUAUAUGAGAGUAGAGAGGUUUUCAGUGGUCCUCUGGCUUAUGUUGUCAAAACCACCAUGGGGGAGGCCUUACAAGCCUCAUUCGUAGGUCAGGGAGAGGGGAUAAAGCUGUACCUUGAAAGCCGGUGAGACUGCGCUUUAGCCUCGGUACAUAUUAGACUACAGUGGCGUUGAAAAUGUUUUCUCAUUACAAUAAUACGAGUUGAAGUUGAAUUAAAACUCGACGGUUAUUGGUGCAGUAAAGUCAGUAUGCAUAUGUCACUGUAUUUAGUAGCGAGCCGUUGCAUGCAAGACAGCGGCGGGUUCAUCCACGCACAUGCAUGGCCCACCCACUCGGAACAUGGGCCAAUCCCGGUCACCCACCCACCGUGUC